CCUUCAGAACCUUGGGUUCAUCUUUUCCUGUCCUGUAGCUCCUCCCCGUCUUCAACCCCCCAAACCUGUCCUAGUCUGAGGAAGGUUCAGGGCCUGGUGUAGGACUCCUUAGUGUGAAACAGUUUUAAUAUGUUGAAAAUCUCAGGAGUUUUCCAAUUUUAAAUGAAGCCGCAUGAGACAGAAACCUCCAGAAUGACUGUUUAGUUGGAGAAUUUCCAAGUCGGAACGUGGGGAGUGGUUCUGAAGGAAGAUUUUUGGGAGUGUGUGUAGGGUUCUUGCCAUUUAGAAGGAAGUUAAACCCUCUCCUGUCCUUUCUCCUCUGCACAAACCCGGCAUCUUUUCUAAUGUACCUUCCUGAUGUUUUCUCGGUUUAGUUCUCUGUGCCUUCUCCUCUGCAUCCCCAGCCCCAAAUUCAGGCCCUCCUUAAUUUUCCCCUUGGAAGAGUUAACUUCUUUUUUUUUGGGGGGGGGGGGAAGAGUUAACUUCUAACUUGGCUUCAUUCUUUCUCCUUUCCUAACCCAUCCUCACUCUUGCCUCCAAAAUAUUGUAUGAAGUAAAGAUGGUUAUGUCAUUAUUCUACUUCAUCUUCAGGAUCAAAUCCAGAUUCUUCAGUAUGAUUCUCCCCCUCCGUCUCCCUUACAGCCUAAUCUGUCAGACUCGUUACCCGCUUUGCACUUUAUUAUUAUUAUUAUUUUUUUAAUUUUUAUUUAUUUAUGAUAGUCAGAGAGAGAGAGAGAGAGAGAGAGAGAGAGAGAGAGAGAGGCAGAGACACAGGCAGAGGGAGAAGCAGGCUCCAUGCACCGGGAGCCCGACGUGGGACUCGAUCCCGGGUCUCCAGGAUCGCGCCCUAGGCCAAAGGCAGGAGCUAAACCGCUGCGCCACCCAGGGAUCCCACCUGCUUUGCACUUUAAUCACUGAGCUAAUUGGAGUUGCUAGCUUACCUUUCUCAUGCUUUAGCGCUUCUGAAAAAUCCAUUUCUUGGUAGAAUAGCUCUUAUGGUCACUCAUCACUGCCAUGUUGCUAAACUCACUGGUUGUUUAAUCUUACUCGAUCCGUCGGCAUUUGACAGAGUUGAUUACUUUUCUCUCUGAAACACUUUUUUCACCUGACUUCCUGGAUACCUCUCUUAUUUCUACUUCCUUGCACACUCUUUUCCAGGCUAUUUUGCUCUUGAUCUACCCAACCUCUAAACUUUGGAGUGCUCCUCCCCACCUCCCAGGCCUAGUCUUUGGACCUUUGCUUCUUGACAUUUCUCAGGUCACUUACAUUCUGUCUCAUAACUCUAUUUUAUUUAUUUUUUAAUUUUACUUUUAAUAGGGUCCAUGCCCAGUGUGGAGCCCAUUGUGGAGCUUAAACUCAUGACUCAGAUCAAGACUUGAGCUUAACUAACUGCCCCAUCUGGCUCAUAACUUUUUUUUUUUAAAGAUAUUAUUUACUUAUUCAUGAGACACACACACACAGAGAGAGAGAGAGAGAGAGAGAGAGAGACAGGCAGAGACACAGGCAGAGGGAGAAGCAGGCUCCAUGCAGGGAGCCAGACGUGGGACUUGAUCGUGGGCCUCGAGGAUCAGGCCCUGGGCUGAAGGCGGCGCUAACCUGCUGAGCCACCCGAGCUGCCCUGGCUCAUAACUUUUAAAUACCAUUUGUAUGCCUGUGACUGAUAAACUUCUCUCUCACUCAGACCACUCACUAGAACCCCACCUUUACAUAUACAGCCGACUACUCAACACCUCUCAUAGGCAAAGUUCUGAUCUCAUGAAUUGCUCUUCCCAUCUCUGCAAAUGGCAAUGCCCAUCUUCUCAUUGCUAAGGCCAAACACUUUGUGGUCAUCCUUGACUGCUCUCUCAUAUCCACAUACCCCCUCUUAUGCACAGCAAAUUCUUCUUGGCUUUAUUUUCAAUACCCAAAACACUUCUCAUCACCUCAACUGUUAUCACCCUGAUUCAAGCCACCAUUAUCUUUUGCCCACAUUAUUGCAGUAGCUCCCUAACAGUUCUUCCAGCUUUGACCCUUGUCUUCAUAAAGCAACAAGAAGAAUUCUUUGAAAAUGUAUGUCAGCUGUCACUCUUGUGUCCAUAUCACUCCAACACCUUCCCAUGUCACUGAGAGCAAAGCAUAAAUUUCUAUAAGGCUGUUGCUUCAGCACUGGAAUGACAAGGCCAUGUUCCAGCCCAUUGUUCCUCUAGUGAAGGGGACACCUUUUUCUAACCUGUACAAAAAUGCCCCAUGGGGGGCUGGUAAUGGUCCUGCCUUCAAGGCCUUAUGUCCUACGUGUUCUGGCAGCUACCUCUGAUCUUAUCUCUUUUGGCCCUUUCUCAUUCCCUUCUAGCUCCUUUGGCCUUCUUGCUGUUUGCCAGAGGUGCUCUGCUGCUUUGAGGUCUUUGGACUUGCUGCUCUGUGUGCAUCAACCACUCCUCCCAGGAAUAUUCAAACUAUGUUUUUCAGGUUUCUGAAAUGUCACCGUAUCGGUGAGGGCUUUCCUCUUUCCCAACCUAACACCUCGUAUAAAAUAGCAUGCUCCCACCUUCUUUCUAGUCCCCAUUCCUUCUUUCAUAUAUUUAUACAACUUAGCCCCAUGUGUCUUCUGCAUUUCUGGGUGUUGUCGGUCUCUGAAUGUAACCUCUGGGAGGUUAGGGACUUUGUUUUAUUUGAUGCUGUAUCUCUAGUGUGGGGCUUAGUGGCAGACAUGGUAGAUGGCCCCCCUCCCUCCCAAUUCAUUGAAUACAUAAAUACAGUGCAACAUAAGCAUUGCCCUAGGUGUUGUUCCAUUAGAUGUUUUUCCUGAUGUUUCCCUGCCCUCUCCCACAAAUUAGUGAGAUGCCCCUCUGGGCAUUGGAGCCCCUUGUGCCCACCUCUGUCACACUACCCUCUCUGCUCUAUAACAAUUGCUAAUUUAACUAGACCCAAUAGACCUGACUGGGAAUCUUUGUGACUUGCUUUCUCUGUAUCCCUAUGUAUCUAGUAUGAAUAAAUGAGUGAAAGGUAAUCUGAGUUGAUUUAUGUGACUUGGGGCAUUUUGUAGAUUUUGAGAAACAGUCACUUCAGCUGUGUUCUGAUUUGAGGGUACAAGUGAUGUCUUCUGAGCAGACCAGACUAUUGCUCAGUGAUUAUUGAUUAUUGAGCAUUUUUUGGUACCUAUUCUGCUAGAAGCUGUACUGUGCACUGGAAUGCAUAUAGGUAGGGAAGGAUGAUGGGGAAUGAGAAAAUUUUGGUUCCUGCCUACUGGGAGAGAUAGAGAAUGUAAACAGAAAGUGUCUAUUACAGAGUGGCUGAGUGAUAAUACCAACCAUGGUAGAGGAAGCGCGCAGUACCAUGGGAGAAUGUAGUAGAUGACCACGUUUAAGGGAAUUCAGGGCAGCUUUCCUGGAACUGUGUAACCUAAAAUCUGAAAAAUGCAUAAGAGACAAGGAAAUGAGAGUGGUAGUACAAAGGUUAUCUUGGUUGGGGCAGGGAGUGUUGAGGGUGGAGGGACAGAAUACAGAGGUGGAGAGAGAAUUAUACCAAGACUCUCAGCAAAGUCAUGAAAGUGGGGUUGGGGGUUACGAGGAGGGCAGGGCAUGGAAAGGCUAGAUUUGGACAGAGAAAGGGACUGCCUGUUCCUAUAGGGUAUUCAUUGGUAAAGGAAUUUGGAUUUUAUCCUAAGGUUAAUAGGCCACUGGUAUUCAGAUGUAAUCACUAAUUCCCCAGUGGUCACUCCCAUUCCUUCCUCCUUUGACUCUUUAUCUUUUACAAUCUGAAAUUACAUUGUUUAUUUAUUGUCUGUUUCCCCUACUAGAUUGUAAGCUCCAAAGAGCCAAAAACUUUAUCUUAUUUAUUACUGAAUCUCUAGCUACAAAACAAUGGUGGCACAUAGUAAACAAUAAAUAUUGGUUGAAUGAAUGAAUAAAGAAAUUGAUUUCUCACUUGGGAAAACUGUUGAUCCAUUUAUGGGUUAUCACCUUAUUGGAACUACUUUAUGUUCAUUUAUAAAUUGGUUUUUCAUUAUCCAGUUCAUCAAUAUAAAUUAGUUCUUUUAAAUUUUGAAAUUGGCUCCCUCCUCCUGCAUAUGACCUGUGGGCAAGAUUUAUAGGCCAUAUAUGCCAUUUUAGAUAACCAGAUUUCAAUGAUAUCGCUACAACAUGGUGUAAUUGAUUUAGAUAUUUAUCUAUCACGGCAUUAUUUAUUAUAGUGGAAAUGUCUAAAUGUGGGGGAAUGAUUUUUUAAAAAAUUUUUUUAUUGGGAGUUCAAUUUGCCAACAUAUAGCAUAACACCCAGUGCUCAUCACCCAGUCACCCCAACCCCCCGCCCACUUCCCCUUCCGCUACCCCUUGUUCAUUUCCCAGAGUUAGGUGUCUCUCAUGUUUGUCACCCUCACUGAUAUUUUCACUCAUUUUCUCUCCUUUCCCUUUAUUCCCGUUCACUAAUUUUUAUAUUCCCCAAAUGAAUGAGACCAUAUAAUGUUUGUCCUUUUCCCAUUGCCUUAUUUCACUUAGCAUAAUACCCUCCAGGUAACUUGGGGGAGUGAUUAAGUGAAGUAUGGUAUAGCGUACUAUAAAAUACUACAUAAUUAGAAGUCAUGUUUUUGAAAACUAUUCAGCAACAUGAAAAAGUGCUUUUAAUAUUAAGUGAAAAACAUGAGGAUACAAAGCUGAAUAUAGGGAGUGAUCCUAAUUUUUAUAAUCAUAAAAUCUGGAAGGAAAUAUACCAAAAUAUUAAAUAAUCAUGUUUGGAUGGAUGAUUCUGGAUGAUUUUAGUUUUUCAUUAAUUUUCUUUGGUUUAUAUUUUCUAAAUUUUACACCUGAAUGUGCAUGGGUGGGGGAGAAGAUGAGAAGAGUUAAAAUGUUUUGCCUUGCCAGACAUUUUUCAACAAGCCAUGAGAUCUGUUUGAAGUUAAUAUGAGUAGUUUUUAGGAAUCAACUUCUUUAUCCAACUAAUUUUUCUUAAAGAGCAAUGGAAUGUAGCUGCUUGAAACUGUACUAGAGGAGGACUGUUUGUUAUUCUGAUAUCAUUGAUGGAUGUAUUUUAGCAGAAGUUCUGACUUCUUACUUUUUAAUUAGUAUGUUUAUAUUGAAGAUAAGAAUUCUAAUAAAGUUUAUCAUAAUAAUGAAUUGUUUGUAGCUAUCAUGACUAUGGUUGGGCCAACUGAGCACACUGGUAGAGAAGUAUUUGACCUUGUUUGUAUCAUGAGGAGGCUUUCAAACUGGUUCUCUCAUGUGAAACAAACAAAAUGGCAACCAUCUGUUAAAAAGUAUCGAAUUAAACAUAAGAAACUAUCCAAUGACAUAACACAUAGGCCUGGUUACUAAGAAAAGAGCUCUUUAUUAAGUGGUGUUUGGUAUUUCUAUCCCGGAAGUAUAGCACUUGGCAGUAGAAUAGAUUAGACCUUUUAAUUCAUAGGUUGAAAUAUUUAUCUCAGAUUCAUGGGAACUUUUUUCCCAAGGCAAAUAUACAUUUUAGGCCAAUUUUAAUUUAUUUUAAAUUUAUUAGAAAUGACUUAGUUUAUUUUAAGCUUCAGAUCAAUUGAUGGUCUUUUUUUCUUUCAGGCUUACCAAAGUUUUGGCUUUGUUGCAAAAGCCAGUCAAGACAACUCUACUCUGGUGAACAAGUGUUCAGAUUGUGACAUAUGUUUGUCCAAGAAAUAAAUAAACAUGCAGUUCUUCCUCCUAUCAUUGGUAGAAGUGACAAGGAAUUUUUGGAAAGUAUACAAAGAUACAUAAUUACAGAAAUGGAAAGAGUGGGCUGUAAUGAGGAAGGACCUGCUGAUGAAUAUUACAUCAUUUAUCGAAAUGUUUUUGAUAAGGUAAUAGAGUAUGUCACUGCAUACAAAUCCGUUCUUACUUCAAUCAAAAAAGAAUAUGAUGCCAUUAUUGAGACAAUGAAGGAAAGCCAAAGAACUGCAUUUUGUCUUCAUGGAAAACUUAAAGCUUUGGCAGCAGAGCCCACAGCAUUGGUGUAUCACAGGAAAAGAACAAUCCAACUUGUGGCAAAAAUGAAUGUUAUUGAAAAUGAUUCCUCAAAGAUUCAACUGCAAAUAGACAAAAUGAAACAACUUAGGGCAGAGUAUGACACAAAAGAAGUAAAAUACCAUACUUUCUCCAAAGAUCCUUCAAAACCUAUUCCAGGCAUGACUCUUCAAGAAUCCGUCAAUUUAGAUGCUCUCACUAAAUACCUGAAACAUCUUGAGGAUAAAUAUAUUGAAAUUAAACGGAUUAUGUUGAAAAAAUAUGUUCCAGUUCAAAGGAAGGCAGACUUAGAUGAGGAAAUGAUUGUGACAUUAAAACGGAGAGAUUUAGCUGAAAAUAUGAACAAAGAAUUACAGUUUCGUCAUCAAAGACUGCAAAUUAUUUCAAAUGCAGUUACUUCAUGGGUAAAAUCUGAUAUGAGCAGCUCAUUUCAAGACCUUGUGGAGGAAAUUCAGAAAACAAAAAGUUUACAUGGUGACCAAGGCAUUGUUGAGGAACUGCUUGAAGAUGAUCCAGGCAAGGCAAAAGAAGCUGAAAUUUUGCUUGGCUACAUUGAAAGGUUCAAUGAAUUAAUGUCGCUUGGUGAAUAUGAAAAGGCAGCUUGUUUUGCAGCACGCAGUCCCAGAAGAAUUCUUCAAAAUAUUGGGACAGUGAAUAAAUUUAAGGCUGUUGGAAAAAUUCGAGGAAAGCCUUUUCCCUUACUCUUAUUUUUUGAAGCCAUAUUUAGCACAAGUCAUGCAUGUAGACGUCCUAUUGAUGCAGAACUAACCCUGGAAGGAAUCAAAUGUGGAUUAUCUGAAAAACGUUUAGAUUUAGUUAUCAAUUGGGUCACCCAGGAAAGGCUCACAUUUUCUGAGGAGGUGGGGGAUGUGAUUUGCGAUUAUGGGGAACAGGAUACUUAUAACAAGGCCAAGUGCCUAGCAUUAGCUCAGAUGAUCUACAGUGAAUGUGGCCUGCACAAGAAAGCUCUUCUUUGCCUGUGUAAACAGGGUCAGAUUCAUGGGGCCAUGGAAUACAUACAGCAAUUCAAGGACUUUACUUACGAUGACCUGAUGCAGUUAAUAAAGUUAUGUCCUCACACUGAAUUAAUUCAGUGUCUCACUAGAGAAUGGAAUGGGAAACCACCAUCUUUAUCUUUUGGUCUUGCUAUACUUCAACUGUUUUCUAUAGAUAUGAAAACAGUUGGCAUUAAGCUACUUCAAGAAAUAAGUAAAGGUGGGAAAGGUAUAAUUGAACAUCUUAUGAUAAAUGAUCCAUUUUGUGCAUUCGAAAACUGGCAAGAAGUGGCAAAUAUAUGUUUACAGAAUGGCUUUGACAAAUUAUCUCGUGAUAUCACGUCCGUUCUUCGUUCUCAGGCUGGAGUUACAGAAAUUUCUGAAGAGGACAAUACAGUUAACUUAAUGGAACAUGUUUUUUGGUAGUUCUAUGUCUUAACCAGUUGAGGGAGCUUAUAUGACAUUUUAUGUGUAUUCAUUGGGCAAACUAACUUUUGGCCAUUUUGGCAUAACUAACUUACAAAUAAAUCUAAAGUAUGAAGCUCUCAGAAAUAAACCACGCUGCUUUUGUUAUGAUGGCA